GUUUCACCCCGCAACAGCUCGGCCAGCAGUGCGGUGGCACGCGCACUGACACGUCCACCGAGUCCGACUUUGACUUUGCCCCUUAACAGGCGACACUUUUGCUCAGACACUCGGAGUGGGCUCCAAGUUGCGGGGGGAAAGAGCGUCGUGAUUUGCCGUCAAUGUUCGUGACGCCCGAUUGCCAUGGAAACAGUGCUGCUGUGUUGAGGAGAGGCAAAAGUGUGCGUGAUAGCGUUUUAACCUCUUUUGAAACAGCUCCCGUCAACCUGUUGGACAGAUCUUAAGUGACUUUUUUUCCCCCAUCUUGCCUUUCUGUGGUUAUACUUUCAGUUUUAAUUUGGCACGUUAAAACAGGCAAGCAUGACGGCGCCCCAAACCCAGAAACGAUUCCACAACUUGACCCUGGAGCAGCUCCAGGCUCUGGAUCAAGUCCUGACCGAGGUCAUUCCCAUUCACGGGCGAGGGAAUUUUCCAACACUGCAGGUGAGUGCCAAAGACAUCAUCCGCGCGGUGAAGGAUCGGCUCGUGGAAAGAAACAUCCGGGUCAAGGAUAUCCGCCUCAACGGCGCCACCGCCAGCCACGUCCUGGUGAGGGACAACGGCCUGGGCGUCAGGGACUUAGACAUCAUCUUCGGAGUGGAGUUGCCCCGGCAAGAGGACUUCCAGGUGAUCAAGGAGGUGGUGCUGGGCAGCCUGAGGGACCUCCUCCCGUGCGGAGUCAACAGACGCAAGAUCACCUGCCUCACGAUGAAAGAAGCGUACGUGCAAAAGAUGGUGAAAGUGUUCAACGAGCACGACAGAUGGAGUCUCAUCUCUCUGUCCAACAACAGAGCCAAAACGGUGGGCCUGAGAUUCGUCAGCGUCCUUCGCAGGCAGUUUGAAUUCAGCGUGGACUCCUUCCAGAUCGUUCUGGACCGCAUGCUGGAGUCCUACUGGGCGACCGACCGGGGACGAGCGAGGAAGUUAUGUUCGGACGCUCAGACGUUGGCCGCAAAAGACGGCCCGGGGGGAAACGAAGCGAGCGCGCAAUCGAGCGUCGCUCGGGUCGACUCCGAGACGGCUUCCUGUGCAGAGACGCCGCAUCCGAGUGAAGCUGUUGAGAAAAAAGAGCUUCCUCGUGCAGAGACUGAAAAUUGUGGGGGACAGGAGGAGUUAGCGUCUGAAGAUGUCGAUUUCAAGCUUAAAUCUCAACAGGAAGAGCCGGAAGUAGAUGUACAAUCGGAAGAGGGCAUUGUCUUGGAGCCAAGUGACGACGAGGAGAAGUUUUCUAAGGGAUCUCCAGGGGUUUCAUCUUCUCCAACGUGUGCAUCUUUAAAGCUGCAGGUUCAAGAUGAGGCCUCUCAAUCGUGCAACUCCAUUACAGCGUCGGUCAAUAAGUCAUUGGCGCAAGAUUGCGUCCAAGUGGAGUCUGCCAACUCCGGCCUGCAAGAGUCCCAUCACGAGUUCUCCUCUCCUCCCCCGGCGAAGAAAACCUGCAGCACGUCACCGGAGGUUGUCCCAGACUUCUGCCCCUCGCCCAAACUGCAACGAAAAAUGUCCCGCAAGCUGAUCUGUCGUCCUGAAAAAUGGUCUUUGCUCACAGAUGCGUCGGAUGUGACCACUCAGCUGUUUUCCCCCAUUGAGAUACCCGCUCAGGUGAAGGCUCCUCCGCAAGACGGGGCUCAUGGAACAGCUUCCUCACAGAGGAGCACGGCAAAUGUUUCAGGUGCAGCCAGCGCACUCCAGGCUGCACCUGAAACCGAUCGGGCCGCUGAGCCAACCGUGAAGCCCAAACAUUCCGAGAAGCCUCCAGACCGUGACACCGACAGCGCAGGAGCGACUCAGGGAGACCGUGCAGAAGCUCCCGCCCCCAGCUGUGGAUUGGGCUCAUGGGCUUCCUGCGUGGCCGUGGAGGCACAGUGCAUGUACGGCGACUUUAACCAGGCCACGGAGCACCUGCGGCGGCGCCUCAUCGCCACCCACCACCCGGAGGAGAUCCGAGGAGGGGGCCUGCUCAAAUACAGCGACCUCCUGGUGAGGAACUUCCGUCCGGCCAGGGAGACGGAGAUCAAGUCUUUGGAGCGGUACAUGUGCUCGCGCUUCUUCAUCGACUUUCCCGACGUGAAGGAGCAGCAGCGCAAGAUCGAGGCCUACCUGCACUGCCACUUGACGGGCAGCGAGGAGAGCAGCAAGUACGACUACCUGAUGACUCUGCGGCGCGUCAUCGACGAGAGCACCGUGUGCCUGAUGGGCCACGAGAGGAGGCAGACGCUCAACAUGAUCACCGUCCUGGCUCUGCGGGUGCUGGGAGAGCAGAACGCCAUCCCCAACGCCGCCAACGUCACCUGCUUCUACCAGCCCGCGCCUUACAUGAGCGAGCCCGUUUACGGAAGCUACUUCAUCGCGCGGGCCCCGCCUUCGCUCGUCUAUCACCCCUACCCGGUGCACGUGCACGUGCAAAGCGGCCUGGUGUAGCCACGGCGCUGUGCCCUUCUGGGAGGCGGGCAGGCAGUUUUCCGGCACUCAUGCGAGUUUUCUUUCUUUGAAAACACGAGGCACCCCUCCCAUUAAGGCACAGCGUCCCUUAAUGCGUUGACUUCCCACCUUGGUCAGGACUGAGCGCGGUCCAAAGGCGAAGCAUGUGCGCCUUUCGAUGUUGGAGACUUUUGGAAAGGAAAGAAUUGCAAAGUGGAUGUUCGGAGAGCAUCACAGAGCGCAGAGAAGGCUUGUAUGGAAAAUGGUUUUUGUUUUCUUGAAUCAAUCCCCAACACAGAACAUCUAAUAAUUCUCCAUCACGUACGGGACGCAAACAAUCGAUGAAGCAAAACGAUUUUGACGUUCGGAAUCAUUCGCUCACUCCCUCCUCCUUAAUCACGAUAAAUGGUGGAUUAGAUCAGUGGUUUCAAUUUUGUAGCACCUGAAAAAAUCCAAGUACCACCGUAAAGACCAAUGCUGAAAUACAGCGGCAGUGUUGGAAAACAUUUCAAAAUGCUUAAGUAAGCCUAGCCAAAAGUGAAACACAACUGAACUCUACUUACUAAAAUGUACAGUACUAGAUUUUUAAAAAAAACGGUAAAUCCACUGCAAUAUUAUGCAGUUGAAACAUUUCAUUCGGUGAUUCUUUCACAUACCACUAGAGGGAGCCCAGGUACCGCUAGCGGCACUUGUACCGCACUUUGAGAAUUACGGGACGAGAUAGUUGACUCAUCAAAUUAAAACAGAAUUUGACAUGUUAACAUCUGGUCGCAACUGUACAUUUGACUUCGUCGUGACCAACGUUGUUGACGACACAAAAUGUCUCGGGCAUAGCGGAUAGACGGCGAUUCCGAACGCGGUCAGCAGCUGUUUCGUGGAAUGUUACCAUGUGGUUUUACUCUCAGCAUGUGACGUUAUUGGACGUGUAGAAAUGUAACACAAUGAUCUAUGUGCACGCGUGCAGGUUUUUAGUGUGCAUAGGAUUGCAAAUGUUCAGUUUCAGUGGGAAUCAACUGGAAAUUUGCAAAGCGGCUCGUUAGUCUACAGUGGCAUGCAUAUAUUAAGAAAACUCUUUUCAACUCACAGAAUAAUCUUGAUUGAAAUACUUAUAACCCCACAAAAUGAUGAUAGUACAUUACGAGACUUUUUUGUUUGUUUUUUUGCUCUAUUUAUUACGAUUCCAUUUUAUGUAUAAUGAUGUUAUAUCGAUUAUAUAUUUAGUUACAACGUUUCAUUAAUUCAGUCAUUGACCCUUUACUGAUUCUUGAGGCUUGUGGUGCCAAAUAUGGUUCGGCGUAUUUGCAUUUGUGUUGUUGUUGUUGUUAUUUGUCGGAACGUGGCUAAAGUCAGUAUCAGCUCCCUGGCGUCAGCCUCGCAACGCUGUGAUGCGUCUUUGCUUUUAUUUUGAAAGAUAACUGCUGAAUGAUUGAAAUUCGCUCGCUGUGUAUUAUAUUUAUAUUUAAAAGAAUGUGAUCAGCUUUUAGUGCGCGUGACGUGUUAUCUUUUGUCAUCUAUUACGAUGUCGUGCGUUUAAAUGCGCACAGAUCAUGUCGACCUUCACUGGCCACGAUGUUAGGUCAUGGGAAAUAGUGACAACCGAAUAUUGGGGUACACAACUCUUGUUCAAUUUAUGGCAAGAAGCAGCUUGUAAUACAUGUAAAAAGUGAAGAAACAUUGCUGUUUUGGUAUGUAUUUUCUGCCAAAUUGAAAAGAAGAAAUCCAUUUCGCGAGCCACAUGAAGUAGACACACUUUAUUUGCUUUAUUGGGUCACAAAAACAUUACGCGCUUUACAGUAAAUCAUCGUCGCUAAUGUUGUGGCUGCUGCGUUUUUCACUGUAAAGUACACACAGAUAAAAGGGGGGGGGGAAAAAGAAAAGGCACGUCGUUCACACUUUAUAUGAGACUGAAGCGCAACUUAAAUGCACAGUGGAUAGAAAAAGUCUACACACCCCUGUUCAUGGCAGGUUUCUGUGCUAUAUAUUCCAAAAGAGCCCAAGACAAAUCAUUUGAAAGCCACAGAUGUGACCUAUCACCUGUAGAACUACAUUGGAAAACAUUCGAAUCUUUGCGAACUGUGAUAAUCACAUGAGAAAGUCAUUUGGAAUGCAAGUCAGGACACACCUGCCACAAUUUGCGGGGCCUCUGAUUUUUCCCAAAUAAACUUCCAACUGUUCAAGUCGAAGCCCGAACAGCAUUUGAACAGGGGUGUGUGAGCUUUUUAUAGCCACUGUAGAUAGCUGUUGUGUUGUCCUGCUUGUGAUUCUCAGAUGCAAUAUUGAAUUGAUAAUGUGUGCAAAUAUGUGGUUUUCCAACUGAUUGUACUAUCUCUUGUGAUAAUCGCCCCAAGAAUCACGGACGUAGUGUCUCUGUCCCGAUUUAUCGGUGUUGAGCUACUUGUGUGAUGACGACGACGAUUAAAAACAAAA